CUUGGAUCUAUCAACAAGUUUUUCCACUAAUAAUCCACCUUUUCAGCUAGAAAAUUUUGGAGAUAUUGGGCCUCUGGCGGGUGCUCAGAAUGUAAAUGAACAAAGUGUUUUAUAUACAAUUGACCUUUCUAGCUCAUCUCCAACUUGGAAAAAAUUAUCUGAUGGUACAGCUCCUAAUGCACCGUCAUCACGUCGUGGUGCAAGGAUGGUUUUUAAUCCAACUGAUCAGUCUUUAUACGUUUGGGGAGGUGCUUAUAAUGGAUCUGUACUUAAUGACACGGAUUUUUAUAUUUAUGGUAUUAAUAAAAAUUCGUGGUUUAGAAAAGCUUCACCAAAUCCACCAGAAGCGCGUGCUUUACAUACAAUGACUAUUUUACCUAAUGGUUAUAUUUUCAUUUUGGGUGGCAUUCCAACUGUUACUUUUUGA